AUGGGGGAAGUAAAGGAUAACGACGCUUACGAGGAGGAGCUUCUCGAUUAUGAAGAGGAAGAUGAAAAAGCCCCCGAGGCCAUCAACGGGAAACCUGGUUCCGAGACCGUCAAAAAGGGCUAUGUUGGAAUUCACAGUUCCGGGUUCCGAGACUUCUUGCUGAAACCAGAGCUUCUUCGAGCCAUUGUAGAUUCUGGAUUUGAACACCCUUCAGAAGUGCAACAUGAGUGCAUACCACAGGCUAUUUUAGGAAUGGAUGUCAUCUGUCAAGCCAAGUCUGGAAUGGGGAAAACUGCUGUUUUUGUUCUGUCUACACUUCAGCAAAUUGAGCCUGUAGCAGGUCAAGUUGCUGCACUUGUCCUUUGCCACACCAGAGAACUAGCUUAUCAGAUCUGCCAUGAGUUUGAAAGGUUCAGUAGAUACUUGCCUGACCUCAAAGUUGCUGUCUUUUAUGGAGGAGUCAACAUAAGGACCCAUAAGGAGCUGCUAAAGAAUGAAUGUCCUCAUAUUGUUGUUGGAACACCUGGAAGAAUACUAGGGCUUGCUAGAGAUAAGGAUCUUGGAUUGAAGAAUGUGAGGCAUUUCAUCCUUGAUGAGUGUGACAAAAUGCUUGAGUCACUUGAUAUGAGAAAAGAUGUGCAGGAUAUUUUCAAGAUGACCCCUCAUGACAAACAAGUGAUGAUGUUCUCUGCAACACUAAGCAAGGAGAUUCGACCUGUUUGCAAGAAGUUUAUGCAAGAUCCGAUGGAAAUUUAUGUUGAUGAUGAAGCCAAGUUAACUCUUCAUGGAUUGGUCCAGCAUUAUAUAAAAUUGGGUGAGAUGGAGAAGAAUCGGAAGCUGAAUGACCUUCUAGAUGCCUUGGAUUUCAACCAAGUUGUCAUUUUUGUCAAGAGUGUGAGUAGAGCAGCAGAGCUUAACAAAUUACUUGUGGAAUGCAACUUCCCAUCUAUAUGCAUCCAUUCUGGAAUGUCUCAAGAAGAAAGAUUGACACGCUACAAGGGGUUCAAGGAAGGGCUGAAAAGAAUCCUGGUGGCAACUGAUUUAGUUGGAAGAGGGAUAGACAUUGAGCGUGUUAAUAUUGUCAUUAAUUAUGAUAUGCCAGAUUCUGCUGAUACAUAUCUCCACAGGGUGGGAAGAGCUGGCAGAUUUGGUACAAAAGGUCUUGCUAUCACUUUUGUAUCAUCUGCUUCAGACUCUGAUGUUCUUAAUCAGGUUCAGGAAAGGUUUGAGGUCGACAUAAAGGAGCUUCCGGAACAAAUCGAUACUUCAACAUACAUGCCGGCAUAAGAAGUGGUUGGUUAAGUAUGCGGAUGGUUAUGAGAAAAAUUUCACAUUGUCUGAACGACUGGUAUUUAAUAUUUUCUUGCAGACUUUGAGUUUUUGGAUUGGAAUUUUAAAAGCAGUUGAGAUUUUGGAAGUUAGUUAGUUGUUUGUGCUUUCUCUUUCUCUUUCACUUUUCUCUUGUACAAGUGGUAUUAUUAGUUGGUAAUUGAAUUUUAAAAUGGGGGCAUCAACUUUGCAUCUUUGUUUAUGGGGUAAAAAUUACAAGCAGGUGGAACAUGAUCUUGGUUCACGAUCCAGAUCAUGUUGUUAAAACAAAUGGUUGAUCACAUGUUAAUGAGUUUUGGCCAUAGAGUCAUCUCAUCUUAUGAAAAUUCUAAUAGAGUGUUUGUAUGGAAGUAGAU